GGGCGGCGGCGGCGGCGGAGCGAUGAUCGCGGAGUUGGUGAGCAGCGCCCUGGGGCUCGUCCUGUACCUCAAUACGCUCGGCGCGGAUUUCUGCUACGAUGACAGCCGAGCUAUCAAGACAAACCAGGAUCUACUUCCCGAAACACCAUGGACUCAGAUAUUCUACAAUGACUUCUGGGGCACUCUCCUUACCCACAGUGGGAGCCAUAAAUCAUACCGACCUCUCUGCACGCUCUCUUUUCGCAUUAACCAUGCUAUUGGAGGAAUGGAUCCUUGGAGCUACCACCUUGUAAAUGUCCUCUUACAUGCUGCAGUCACAGGUCUUUUCACAAAUUUUUCACGAAUACUUUUUGGUGAUGGAUAUUGGACCUUACUUGCUGGCCUGCUGUUUGCUUCUCAUCCCAUUCAUACUGAAGCGGUGGCAGGAAUUGUGGGAAGGGCUGAUAUUGGAGCUUGCCUUUUCUUUCUGCUCUCCUUGUUGUGUUAUACUAAACACUGCUGCGCAAGAAGCUAUUCGGAAGGAACCUGGGGCUGGAUCUUGGGUGCAGGGCUUUGUGCCACUUGCAGCAUGUUGUGGAAGGAGCAAGGAGUGACUGUACUAGCAGUUUCAGCGGUUUAUGAUGUCUUUGUAUUUCACAGACUAAAAAUACACCAAAUCAUUCCUGCUAUCUAUAAGAGGAAGAACUUGCCACUCCUUUUGAGCAUUGGGUUAUUGAUCUUCUGGGGAGCUUUGCUGCUCGGUCUUCGCUUCUACUGGAUGGGGAACAAACCUCCCAGCUUUUCCAACUCUGAUAAUCCAGCAGCUGACUCGGACACUUUUCUAACACGAACGCUGACCUUUUUUUACCUGCCAACCAAAAACCUUUGGCUAUUGCUGUGCCCAGACACUCUUAGCUUUGAUUGGUCCAUGGAUGCUGUGCCUCUUCUCAAAACAGUCAGUGACUGGAGGAACCUACACACAGUGGCCUUUUACGCUGGACUCGUUCUCCUUGCUUACACCAGUUUGAAAAGCUCCGGCAAAGACAGAGAAUGCAAUGGGAAAAAUGUAACAAAUGGCAAGCCAAAUGCCAAUGGUCAUAACUGCAUAUCGGAAAUGGAGUAUAAAAGCCUGGAGUUGAAGUCAAGUUUUUUAUCUAAAGAAGAAAACGGCAUUAACAAACACUUGCUGCAGAGACCACAACUUCCCUCAACUGAGAAUAUUGUAGUUCUGUCGCUGUCUUUAUUAAUUGUUCCCUUUAUUCCUGCCACAAACUUGUUUUUUUAUGUAGGCUUUGUGAUAGCAGAGCGUGUCUUGUAUAUACCUAGUAUGGGCUUCUGCCUGCUGAUCACUGUAGGCACCAGGACCCUCUAUAUCAAAGCCCAAAAGCGCUUUCUCAAGAACUUGUUUUUUUUUACCACUGCUGCAUUAAUUUUUUUGUACGGACUCAAGACAUUUGUCAGGAAUGGGGACUGGCAGAAUGAAGAGAUGCUGUAUAAGUCAGGGAUAAAAGUAAAUCCAGCAAAAGCAUGGGGUAACCUUGGAAAUGUUCUGAAGAGCCAGAGCAAGAUUUCUGAAGCUGAGAGCGCCUACAGAAAUGCCUUGUACUACCGCAGCAACAUGGCUGAUAUGCUUUAUAAUUUAGGAUUGCUGCUGCAGGAGAACAGCAGGUUUUCAGAAGCACUACAUUAUUAUAAAUUGGCUAUUGGAAGCAGACCUACUUUAGCAUCUGCCUAUUUAAAUACUGGUAUUAUCUUAAUGAACCAAGGCAAGGCUGAAGAAGCCAAGAAGACAUUCUUGAAGUGUUCAGAAAUUCCUGAUGAAAACUUAAAAGACCCUCAUGCUCAUAAAAGCUCUGUUACUAGCUGCCUUUAUAAUUUGGGAAAACUUUACCAUGAACAGGGACAGUAUGAGGAUGCCCUCACAGUUUACAAAGAAGCAAUAUUAAAAAUGCCAAGGCAGUUUGCACCGCAGAGCUUGUAUAAUAUGAUGGGAGAAGCCUACAUGAGACUCAGCAGAUUACCUGAAGCAGAACAUUGGUAUGUGGAAUCUCUGCGCUCCAAAACAGACCACAUUCCAGCUCAUCUCACAUAUGGGAAACUCCUGGCUUUAACGGGUCGUAAGAAUGAGGCAGAAAAGUAUUUCUUAAAGGCAAUUCAGCUCGAUCCUACCAAGGGAAACUGUUAUAUGCAUUAUGGCCAGUUUCUCCUAGAAGAAUCUCGCCUGAUAGAAGCAGCAGAGAUGGCAAAGAAAGCGGCUGAGUUAGAUAACACAGAGUUUGAUGUUGUAUUCAAUGCGGCUCACAUGCUCCGACAAGCUAGCCUCAAUGAAGCAGCUGAGAAGUAUUAUAAAAUGGCAGCUGAGCUGAGACCUAAUUAUCCAGCUGCCCUAAUGAAUCUAGGGGCAAUUCUUCAUCUCAAUGGCAAGCUCCUAGAAGCUGAAGCAAACUAUCUCCGUGCCCUUCAGUUUAAACCAGAUGAUGUCAUCACACAGUCAAAUCUACGCAAACUCUGGAAUAUUAUGGAAAAGCAAGGCUUAAGGACAUCCAAAACAUGACAUGGGGUGGAAAAAUCCUUGAAACUCCCUCCCUCCCUCUCUCUUUUGCAAAGGGUGAAAAACAUCAAUCCAGAACAACUUCCAGGGUGCUGUUUUAUUGAGUACUCUUGUUGGACUGGACUGCAAUGGUCCAAGGUUGUAAUUGCUGCUAGGAGAAACCUUUAGGGCUGCUUUUUGGUGUGACAUUUUGACAAUAAGAGGGAGGUAGAAACUCUCUUAGCAGCUUCAUGAAGGAUUUGAGAGUUACUGCCACAAUCAUAAAAGUGAAAUAGAUUUGAAACUGGAGCACUUGAAAUUGGCCCUUUCAGCAUAGUCACCAGGUCAUCUUCUCAUUUUCAUGUGCUUUCUAGUAGAAAAUCAUGCUGGCCUAUAUAACAUCCACCCAGUCAACAUGAGAAUUUAGAAAAGGAUAAAGACUGGCUUAAGUUUUUUUUUUUUUUUUUUUUGAGGCUGAAAUUCAUUAAAAUGUAUACUAAAACCCAAUGUGUUUGCAAUUUGUCUUAAUAUUGUGUAUCUCCUUAGAGCUGUCUGCUUAUCUGUUUCACAGACUAGCCACAAACAUUUGAAAAAGAUUUGAAAGAUGUGACACCAUUUGGAACAUUUCUUAACAAGUACACAUUUUGUUUUAUCCUGUGGUUAAAAACAUCAUAAAAAUAGAUAUCUUAUUUGCUGUGGUGCAACUGUUGCAAAUGGAAUCAACUAGGGAUAGUGAAUGGGGCUGUAAUGGAGCAUUUCACUCAUCCAACUGAAAUAGAUCCAGUCAUGAAGUAGUAAGGCAGAACUCUAGAGUCUAGAUUUUCUCAUGUCUACCCUGUCCUUGUUUAAAGUGGGAGUGAGCUAAAUUUUAUAACAAAAGUUGUGCAUUGGUACUGGAUGGUGAACAUUCCUCUCCCUCCUCUCUUCCUCUCUGUUGCUUCAGGCAUGUUUUUAUUAGCUCAGCUCAUUUCCAGGGUCAGAAUCGGACUAGGAGAAACAUGUGCAUGGUAAUGAAGUGAUAGAUUGUGGAGAGGAUUUGGCUCCUUUCACCAACGUACACCAUGUUUUUGUUGUUGUUUUUGAAGUCCCACCUUCAUGUGCAUAUUCCUCAUUUUAAAUGUGACUGGGGCAUAUAUGAGGUUUAAACAUGGGUCCUCUGUCACACUUAACCUAGCCCUUAGUACAUUGAAAACAAAGGACAGUAUAAUGUAGGACAACCUGGUACUGUCCCUGUUCUUGAACGUAUGCAGAAAACUGUAGCUUGAUUGCUGUGUAGCUCCUCUGGUUUGAAGAUACGAUGAAGUACAGAGAGAGGUGUGCAUAGCAAUCACGCACAGGGCAGUUGUAUGUCAGUGUAAAGAUGAUACAGUCCUGCCCUGUGCCAAAGUGCAAUUGGGCCCAUACCAAUAAAAAAAGGAUUCUAACCUUUUAACGGUAUCUCUUCUUCUAGACCACCUACACUUUGAAAAAGGGUUUAUUAAGUUAACAUGGCCACCUUCAGUGUAAUUUUUCUCGGUAGAAAGACAAGAUUCAAAUCAAUCAAUCAAUGUUUUUGAAAUGCUAGCAAUGAGAUUUCUCAGAGCAGUUUGUGGGAAGGGAAACAUUUUGCUACAGGCAGCAAUAAAACUAAAAGGAUUUAAUGCUUUUAACAUCUAGCGAACUCACAGGGUGUUAGACGAAAAGGGAUUAUGUGAUUGACAAUGGUUGCCAAUUAUUUUUGCAUAUAUUUAACAUUUCUACAUACAGAAAAAUAUUUGUGCAG